AUGAGGAAGGCAAGUAUGUGCUUUUGUAGCUUUAGAAUGCUCAGAACUCCAGUUAUUUUGGCUCCUUAAGAAACGAGCUGCAGGAGCUUCACAUACGUGUGGCCAGUCAGUUCAAGCUCCAAGCCACGCCCACUUUUUAAUCAAUAUCUUUUUUUUAAAGUGGGACCCUCUGAAGACUUUUAUAUUGCUUUUAUUUUGUUUAAUAAAUGGUAACAAAUUUUAUAUCCAUUUUUAAACUUUUUCUUUUACUUCCUGGCACCAUCCUAUUCCAAGGUGGGGAUUAUACCACCUAUGCUGUAUACACUAGAGCAAGUUCUGCUCUAGUAAAUGUGAGUACCUGACUUUAUUCUCUUUUGAGCACUUAUAAGUACUUACUUCACUAUUAGAAUAUCCUUUUUGUUUUUUAUAUGAUCUGCAUAUAUUGCACUUUACUGGAGACACAAGAGUGGACUAGAUCUUCAUAUAUCCUUAGAUGGGGAUUGUUCUGUCCAUGUGCAUUACAGCAGCGCUCUGAGAUAGCUCUAGUAAACGUGAGUGACACUAAAUUAGAUUACCUUAACACUCACCCACUGGACAUCCCAUAUUGCACUAUUAUUUAUUUUUGUUCCUUUUGUUUUUGAGGUCUACUGUAUAUACUACUUUGAAUACAAUUUGUGUAUGUAUAUAAUUUUUAUACUUUACUAUUUGGGACAUAUAUCAUGUGCUGUUCAUUUGAGGCUGUAUUUACCUAAUUUUAAUACCUGCUAGGAAACAGAUUAUUGUUAUUAUGUCCUGAUAUGUAAAACAAUAGAAUUCUAAGAGGGUGUACUUUAUUUUUCUUGUGACUGUAUAUGCAAUUCAGAUCUCGGCACUCUCCUUUUUUGACAAAAUAAAAAUAUAUGCCCAGGUGGGACCCAUCUUUAUGUAUAUUUCCAAGUGAUAAGGUGUACUCUCCGAGGACCUAAAUUUAAAACUUCAGAAGUUUUUUAAUUUUAAUGUAUAGUCAUCAAUAUACGUGACUUAUGUUUCACCCCAUUUGAGCCUUUUUCAAGAUCAAGUGAUACAAAAAAGAGAAAGUGAUAAUGAUACAGUGACUUGCCAAAGCUGUGCGUUGUGCAAACAGACCAACUGGAAGUGCGUAGGAACACACUUGAGAAACGUGGUGACGUGCACCAUCUGUAGGUUGCUAAGAAACAAGUACACAAAAACUUCACAUCAAAAAAUGACCACUUUCGACAUUAAAAAUUACUAGUGCUACCUAGUUAGACCAGAAUUGUAUGGAGAAAUGUGUGCAAACUCAAAAAACAAACAGGGGUUAGAUACCCUCCAGAAUGUACUAAUUAAGGGAAAAUGCAAAUAGAAAUAUGAUAUAUAUUAAAUAUUAUAAUACCUGUGUCUAUUCAUCAACAUGCACGCAAAACUAGCAUUCAGGUGCUGUUGUUUUUUUUUAUCAGAAAAACACUAUGUAAAAAAAAAUAUAUAUAAUAAUAAAAAAUAUAUAUAUAUAUAUAUAUAUAUAUAUAUAUAUAUAUCUCAUAUCUCUAAUAUAACAUUACUUUACAAGAACAUGGAAAGCACAAUAUUCUCAUUAAGUUCCUUUGGCAUUAUAGUCCCCAGUGAGUGGAUAUAAAUAUGCCUCUCUUUGUAAAAGUUGUUUAGACCGAUAUUUAGUUGGUAUGUGUUUGAUGACCAUAAACUUUAAAGUUGGUACCCUUUGAGUGGCUAAAAAAUGUUUAGCUACUGGUUUGUUGGUUGUUUGAUCUAUGAAAGCUGUGGUAAUUGAUGUUCAGUGUUCCCUAAUUCGAUCAAACCACAAGGGCAUAUAAUUAAAAAGGGGCAUGACUUGAGGGGUGCACAGUGGUUCGUUCCUAUAAAAAGUGGUACAAGGAAGGACCACCGGUGAAUCAGCGUCAGGAUCAUGGGCACCCGAGCCUCAUUGAUGCACAUUGAAAGCGAAGGGUAGACCAUCUGGUUUGAUUACACAGAAGAGCUGCUAUAGUUUAAAUUGCUGAAAAACCUAAUUCUGGAUAUGAUAGAAAGGUGUCAGAACACACAGUGCAUUGCCAUUUUCUGCCUAUGUGGUUGCUUAGCCACAGACCAGUCACAGUGCCCAUGAUGAACAAGUCCAAAACAGGACCAUGGAACAAUGGAAGAAGGUUGCAUGAUGCACUAUUGGAAGAAGGCAAGCCGGCGGAGGUAGUGUUAUGCUAUAUUAUGUUAUGGGCAGUGGUGUAUCCUGGUUUUGUGCUGCCCUAGGCAGGACAAAACUCAGGUGCCCCCCUCCCCCCCGCGCCACCCCCACCCAACCCUUCCCCCCGCCCCACCUUCUAAAUACACACACACACACAGUCAGACACAUACACAAACACACACACACACACACAGUCAGACACACACAGAGCACACACACACACAGUCAGACACAUGCACACACGAGACACAGUCGAACACAAACACACACACACACACAGUCCAGACACACACACACACACACAUACACAGUCGAAGACACAAACACACACACAGUCAGACACACACACAGUCAGACACAAACACACACACAAACACACACAUUCAGACACAUACACAGACACAGUCCAGACACAAACACACACACACACACAGUCAGACACACGCACACACACACACAUACACAGUCAGACGCUUACAAACACACACACACAGUCAGACACACACAGUCAGACACAGAAACACACACACCAGCACGCACCGAGACACACAGUCACAUACACACACACAGUCAGACACAAACACACACACACAGUCAGACACAUACACAGACACAAACACAGUCAGACACAAACACACACACAGUCAGACACAUACACAGACACAAACACACACACACACUCACAAACACACACAGUCAGACACAAACACACACACACAUUAACUUUUUUUAAAUUUAAAUCCCCCCCCAACCUCCUUACCUUUGGGAGUGCUGGGGGGUUCUCUCUCCCUGGUGGUCCAGUGGCUGCAGGGCGGGCGGCGCUGGCAGGCGGGCGGGCGGCCGGCGAGGGAGCACUUCCCAUGAGCUGACUGCUCAGCUCCCUCGCGCGUCGGCUGCAGAGUGAGGCUGGGAACCGGAAGAUGACGUCAUCUUCCGUCUCCCAGCCUCACUUUGCGGUGCGCGAGGGAGCUGAGCAGUCAGCACAUGGGAAGUGCUCCCUCGCCGGCCGCCCGCCUGCCAGCGCUGCCCGCCCGCCCGCUCGGGAUGUCAGUUAGCCGCAAGGCUAACAAGGCAUCUGCCCUGGGCAUUUGGGGGGCGGCGUUUUUUGCCGCCCCCUGAAAAAUGCCGCCCAAGGCAAAUGCCUUGUUUGCCUCGCGGCUAAUACGUCCCUGGUUAUGGGCAAUGCUCUGCUGGGAAACCUUGGGUCCUGCUAUUCAUGUGGAUGUUACUUUGACAUGUACUACCUACCUAGAGAUUAUUGCACAUCAAUGUACACCUCUUCAUGUUGAUAAUGUUACCUGAUGGCAGUGGCCUCUUUCAGCAGGAUAAUGCACCCUUUCCUACAGCAAAAAAAUAUUUAGGAAGGGUUUGAGGAACAUGACAGAGUUCAAGGUGUUGCCUUGGCCUCCAAAUUCCCCAGAUCUCAAUCCAAUUGAGCACCUGUGGGAUGUGCUGGAACAACAAAUCCCAUCCAUGGAGGCCCCACCUCACAACUUGCAGGACUUAAAGGAUCUGCUGCUAAUGUCUUGAUACCAGAUACCACAGGACACGUUCAGAGGUCUUGUGGAGUCCAUGCCUCGACGAAUAAGAGCUGUUUCAUUUAAUUGUAAUCUUAAUAAGAGACCAGGGGCAGAUAAUGUUAUGUUAUUAAUUGGAGAAUUAUUUACUAAACAAUUAGGAGUGUAUUUCUGAUGAUAUUAUAGAUUAUCACCAAUAUUCCCUGAUGAAGGAGGUGCAGUCAUACAAAACAUGUAGGAACUAAGUGAUCAUUGAGUUUUGUUUCACUCUCGCAGACUCCCAGAUACUGUAUCAUUGGAAGAAGCAUGUACAUCUUAUGAACCAGGACACAGGAGCAUUGGAACAUUGGCGGUUCUGUUUAUUACAUUAUUGUACCUGUGUGUGGAUUUUUAAUACCUUUAAUAUUUUAAUAAAUGCAUUCAACUAUGUAAGCCAUGUGUGCAUAUAUCCAUAUACCUUUCCCAUGAAAGCCCUGCACCAUCUGCAGCCCCAGAACACCUCAAUGCCCCAUCACAUGGAAGCCAUCCUCGGUUAGGCAAAGAGGAGGGUGGCUAAAACUCAUUUGGAUGUAUCUGUGCAAUGUGUUUUUCUGUGGGACAGUGUGUAUCUGUAAUGUGCAAGUGUGUGUCUGUAAGAAUGCAUGAGAAUGGGAAUGUGCACCUGUGUAGAUAUCUGUGUGUGAGUAUUAGUGUCUGCUAAGUUCUGAUGGAAGCCAUGGUUUUAAAUCUAAGGUGCAAGAAGCACAAAUUCUCUUACACUUCUUGACAUCCUUGCAAUCCCAAAUCAUGUAGUUUACCUAAGAGAUACAGUUUAAUAUUUACAUUUCACAGUAUUGUAGUCUCUGCAGUGUCACCCCCAUACCUUUUGGCUGGGUCUUUGCUUCAUCUGUGAAUCAGUUUUAUCCUCCUCCACAAGCUAAGCCAUUGUUAUUGUCUUGACUUCAUGUUUCUUUUGUCCAUAUUUCUAAGCUUCUCUGUGUUUAGUGUAUAUUACAGCACAUUGGAAAAAAAAUUUGCAUUUCUAUUUAUUUUUACUUAUUGCACAUUUGCAAGUCAAUUUACCAAAGCGCUAAGAAACCCAUAGUCUCUCUUAUUUGCCAUAACAUCUUUUUUAUUGUUUUAAAGGAGUGGUUAUGGUGCUGACACACCUCAAACAGCAAACAUAAAACUUAACAAAAAAAGUUUUUCAAUAAAAAAAUAUAGCUGCAUGUAUUAAAGGAGCACUAUAGUGCCAGGAAAACAAACUCAUUUUCCUUGCACUAUAGGGUCAUUAGGUCCCCGCAACCCUCAGGGACCCCCUCCUGCUGAGCUAGCCACUUACAUUUUUCCAGUGUUGGGCCUCUGUGCUGGGGAGCUCUCCUUCUCCCGACGUCAGAUCAGAAUGCGCAUAUGUGGCAAGAGCUGCGUGCGCAUUCAAACCGCCCAUAGAAAAGCAUUACUCAAUGCUUUCCUAUGGACGUCCAGCGUCUUCUCACUGUGAAUUUCAGUGAGAAUCGCGGAGGCGCCUCUAGCAGCUGUCAGUGAGACAGCCACUAGAGGCUGGAUUAACCCUCAGUGAAACAUAGCAGUUUCUCUGAAAUUGCUAUGUUUUCGACUGCAGGGUUAAAACUAGAGGGACCUGGCACCCAGACCACUAAAUUGAGCUGAAGUGGUCUGGGUGCAUAUAGUGGUCCUUUAAAGAACGUUAAGUUAAAGAAAUUGAUCCCAAACAGACAAGAUAAUCGUGAACUGGUAAAUUGAUUGCAAACCUGAUAGAGUAAGCAUUUUGUCAAUAAAUGAAACUGCAGUGCAGGGAGGAAUUCUCUUAGUAAAUUUAAACAAGAAGAAAAAGGAUGAGUUGAUAUAGCUUUAAAUGCCAUCUACAAUCUUAACAUUCAACAGUAUCUGUAUUAAUCAUGGUGAGGCUUUAGCUUGUCAGAUAAGAAGCUCACAAAACAGUGAUUUGUGGCGACUUGACAACUGAGAUGCAAAAUUAAGGUCAAAGUAGCAGAGUUGGAAAAAAUAUACAUACUUGAAUGACAAGUGCACAUUAAAUCCUGACAAGUUAGCGUUUCAAUGAAAACUGGUUUUAUGGCAGUUCUGCUAUCAAGGAUGGUGAGCAACAACCUUGAGUCUGUCACGUAGACAUGCAGAGUUCUCUCUGAAUGCUCCACCAUGUGUGCAGGACAUGACGGCUGACCCAUUACUCCUUUUCCCCAUUUCCCCCCCAAUAAGACACCACACACCUUUUCUGUGGAUAAGGGAAACGGCCACAGCUUUAUUAAAUUCAACUCAAUUCAAAUAACCAUAAACUGUCAGCUGAUGGACGUUAAUCCAACAGACAGUUCUCCACCUCUUUUUCCCAAUAGCCUCAACAGCCAAUACUUGCCAUCAGCCCUUGUGGGUUUUGUCAUCUCCCCAAUUCGACUCCUGGCUUCCUCCUUUAUUCCCAGUUGCGCUGUCCAGGGAUCCCGCCAAGCUGUGACAAAACAAGAAACAAACAGCAAGACACCAAACCACCAACAACUUGGGUGGGAAAUUUAGCCAGGUUGAUGCUAAUGUCUCUGCUGCCCCUUGCAUUUGCAACAAUUUAUCCAUUUAAGACCAGCACACCAUACAUGGGAAGCAGUCAUGCUCCCCCUUCCCAAUUUGUGCAGGGGGGAAAUUAAUGGAGAUAGCAGGAUAGAUGUUGUCACACCCUGAACCUCCAUCUAUCAUAUUCAUAUAUUUCAUGCUCUGAAUAGGUCAAUCCACACAGAGAUCUGGGAAAAAAUUGUGUCCAAAAAAGGCCUUUCAUUUGUACUUGUCCCCUGGCCAAAAGCUGCGAGCCCUCCCUGAUGUUUCCCAUUUUACAUGCUAUUCCUGUCUCCAUAUCAGCUCCCCUAUCCACAGCAAUCCACAUUAAUCACCUCUACUCCUUGACCACCCUAUCAAUAUAAAUACUUAUAUAAUUUAACUUCUUAAAUUAGUGCAACUGGCCAUCACAAAUCCCCAUCACCUGCAAUUCUCCUCUGUCUAUAUUAGACAGCUUCUUUCUCCUACUUACUCCUACUGAUAACAUUGACUUUCUUAGGUAGGUUUCUCCUGUCUGUGACUUGGCUGCUAAUGUGCCUCUUUUUCCUGAGUAAAAAAAAUGUGCACUGUGGAUGUUGUUCGGUGAUAUCAUCUCACCUGCAGUGACGUUUCAGUGAUGUCAUAAUGCAUCAAACAUAUUAACAUACUUACGAGAGAGUUUAGAUAAUUAGCCAUUGGAAAUCUGUUUAUCCAGAAUUGUAGAUUUGUACUGAGAAUUUAACUUGGGGAUUUCUUUCUUAAGGGGGUAUUUUGCACUAAGCAGCUCUAUAUUUGCAGUAUUGCUGUCCACAGCCUGCAAUACCAUGAUCAGCCUGUAGGGUGCUCAUAUUACAGGACAUCAGUACACACUAUAAGGAGGGAUCAACUCUCUGCUUCCUGUUUGUAUCACGCGAGCUGGUGACUGUUUAUAUAAUAACCUGUGCUAUCAUGAUUGUCGUGAUUAUGGGAGUUAGUGGAUCCGGGAAGUAGGUAUUCGCAGUCAGGAGGUCCUAGUGUGCUGCAAGUCUGGUUAUAUGGGUGAAGAGCUGCAGACCUUAUUCUGUGCUGCUAUCGCAGAGCAGAGUGAGGGCAUUGCAAGGUGUAUUGGAUGAGGGGCAUGGCAAGGUUUAUUGUAUAAGGGCAUUGCAAUGUGUGUAUUGUGUAUGGGGGCAUUGCAUUGCAAUGUGCAUUGUAUGGAGUGGAAACUAAUUAUUUAUGUAACUUAAAAUAUGUGGUUAGUGGAGCGCUGAUUAGCUAAAAAAUAGAUGAGAGAUAAGGUACAAGAAUAGGAGACCUAACAACCUAUACAAUAUAAGACAAAUGGAAAAAAUAAAUAAAAAUACCUUCCUCUUCUAAUAACUCAUAAUUAGUAACCUUACUGGCAUACUUUUGAGUAUGCCAGUAAGGUUACUAAUUAUGAGUUAUUAGAAGAGGAAGGUAUUUUUGUUUAUUUUUUCCAUUUAUUUAUGUAACUUAAUAUGUUUAGUGUAUGCAGCAUUUGUAAAUGAAACCUUGUAGACUUUCAGUGUUGCUUAACCUAUUUUAUAUUUAUAAUGGGGAAAGCUUGACUGGCAAAGUUUAUUACCUAAACACAUAGGGGUUUUAAGAUGGUGGGACUCUAAAGUCCACCACCAAUUUUUCACCCCCCCCCCUCCAACCUGUUGUGUCCCGGCCCACCUAACAUGCUCUACCCCUGACCAGUGAGAUGUCAUAUCCUGUUCAACACUAUAGGCUUAUGGUAGCAUUGCGCAAAACAAUAUUAAUUAUGAAAUAAAUAUUAAAUAACUUAUUUGAAAUGUGUUUAUUCGCUAAACUCAAUUUUAUUCAUUGUGUUUAUUUUAUUGUUGAAUGGCAACAGAUACAUCAAAUAACAAAUAGCGGGAUAUUAGUGUGAGCCACUGACGCAAGUCACAUCACCAGAACCACCCAAAGAGGCGAACAUGCCCAGAAAGGGGUUGUGUUUGCCUGAAUAAUUAGGUCAGCCUGGUGUAAUUGCAUGACUGGCUUCCUGCCAAUCAUACAUGCUGGCUAUCAAAGUGCAUACCAUAAAGAGAGCACCGUGAGCUUGUCAUAAAUGCGUCUGUCUGUCCUUUAGCACUUCCUGGUCCACUCCUCUACUAGCCUUACUAGCAGGCAGAAGCUCCUGUUAUACAGUCUGGGACAGAGAAAAGGUGUAUGUAGUGAGUGUAGAAGAAAGAGAACAUGACCAUGUUAGAGAGACGGAAGCAGCAAGAGCAUUUGCAUAGUGUGCAGUCAACCUGCAGUUGGGGAAUUUGUGAAUGAACCCCAUAGCCCCCACUUGCUCAGAUUGAAUUCUACAAUGCUAUUUAGUAAGCAGCAUUUUAACGGCAGCAAAAUCGUUGGAUAAACAGACAGAAAAUCAUGACAUGUGCAUAGUGGUUUCACUUUCAAACAGAUGUAAUUUACCUUAAAUAGUUGUAUCUCAAUCUCUAAAUUGAACUUUAAUCACAUACAGGAGGCUCUUGCAGGGUCUAGCAAGCUAUUAACAUAGCAGGGGAUAAGAAAAUCUUAAUUAAACAGAACUUGCAAUAAAGAAAGCCUAAAUAGGCCUCUCUUUACAGGAAGUGUUUAUGGAAGGCUGUGCAAGUCACAUGCAGGGAGGUGUGACUUGGGUUCAUAAACAAAGGAAUUUAACUCCUAAAUGGCAGAGGAUUGAGCAGUGAGGCUGCAGGGGCAUGUUCUAUACACCAAAACUGCUUCAUUAAGCUAAAGCUAUAGUGUACCUUUAACACAUAUAAAAAUGCAAGGUCAUUGCCACCUCCAAACACACGUUACUUAAACGUCCUUCGCCCACCACAUAGAAACAUAGAAUGUGACGGCAGAUAAGAACCAUUCGGCCCAUCUAGUCUGCCCAAUUUUCUAAAUACUUUCAUUAGUCCCUAGCCUUAUCUUAUAGUUAGGAUAACCUUAUGCCUAUCCCACGCAUGCUUAAACUCCUUUACUGUGUUAACCUCUACCACUUCAGCUGGAAGACUAUUCCAUGCAUCCACUACCCUCUCAGUAAAGUAAUACUUCCUGAUAUUUUUAAACCUUUGCCCCUCUAAUUUAAGACUAUGUCCUCUUGUUGUGGUAGUUUUUCUUCUUUUAACCCCUUAAGGACGGAGCCAAAUGUACACGUUGUGAACAAAACAAAAUGUAAACAAAACCUGGCAUUUGCGCUACAUGUCUGUCCAAUCGUAAUUCAUCUCUUUCAUAGUAAAUGCACCCACCCUUAUUAUAUAUCAUUUUAUUCAGGGGAAACAGGGCUUUAAUUUAAUAUCAAAUAUUUAGCUAUGAAACAUAAUUUAACAUGAAAAAAAUGGGAGAAAAUACGAUUUAAAAAAAAUGUUUUUACUUCUACAUGACAUUUUAACGGUCAAUGUCAUAAUACUGUUUGCUUUUACUGCAAUAAAAAAAACAUAUUUGUAUUCAGUAAAGUCUCACGUGUAAGACAGUACCCCCUAUGUACAGGUUUUAUGGCGUUUUGGGCAGUUACAGGGUCAAAUAUAGCACGUUACAUUUGAAAUUGAAAUUCGCCAGAUUGGUUACGUUGCCUUUGGGACUUUGUAGUAGCCCAGGAAUGAAAUUUACACCCAUAAUGGCAUACCAUUUGCAAUAGUAGACAACCCAAGGUAUUGCAAAUGGGGUAUAUCCAGUCUUUUUUAGUAGCCAUUUGGUCACAAACACUGGCCAAAGUUAGCGUUAGUAUCUGUUUGUGUGAAAAAUGCAAAAAAACGCCAAUUUUGGCCAGUGUUUGUGACUAUGUGGCUACUAAAAAAGACUGGACAUACCCUGUUUGCAAUACCUUGGGUUGUCUACUAUUGCAAAUGGUAUGCAAUCAUAGGGGUAAUUUUCAUUCUUGGGCUACCAUAGGGCCUCAAAGGCAACAUAACCAAUCUGGCGAAUUUUAAUGUGAAAAAAAUGAAACGCAAGCCUUAUAUUUGACGCUUUGUGUUUCAAAACAGUAAAAAGUAUCGCAGCAAUAAUAUCAUCCGUGUAAGUGCUGUUUGUGCGUGAAAAAUGCAAAAACGUCACAUUUACUGGCAAUAUCAUCGUUGUAAUACAUUUUACUGUUUUGAAAUACUAAUAUUUGUGUUCAGCAAAGUCUCCCGAGUAGAACAGUACCCCCCAUGUACAGGUUUUAUGGUGUCUUGGAAAGUUAUAGGGUUAAAUAUAGUGCUAGCAAAUUAAAUUCCCUUUACUUUCGGCAUGGGUUGUCAGGCAGGUCCCGCUAAUUGUAAUUAAUUAAGAUACCUAAUUAUGUAAAAAUAUUACAUAAAUAUAUGUAGAAUUAAUAUAUGUGUAUAUAUAUAUAUAUAUACGUAUGUGUGUGUAUAUAUAUGUAUAUAUCUAUAUAAUUUUUUUAAAUAUUUUUAUUUAUAUAUAGGUGUGUAUAUAUAUAGUGAUAUAUACAUAUAUAUUUAUGUAUAUAGAUAUAUAUAUAUUAUUUCAUUCUACGUGUAUUUAUAUAUAUAUAUAUAUUAAUUUCACAAUACAGUUAGAACAAAAUAACACACAUCUAUAUAUUUUUUAAUUAUUUAUUUUUAAUUAUUAUUAUUUUUUUAAAUUCUUUAUUUAUUUAUUCAUGCAUGUAGGGUACAAAUAGGCCAGCAAUGCCCCAACAGCUGUUGCUAGCUUUACAUUCAACAGUAGAAAACGUUUGUUGGCAUCAAUUAACAUAGCAAAUUUUUUAUGUUUUAUAAGUACAUUAUGCAAGACAUGGUAAGAGAAAUCAGCCAGUGAGCCCCUUGUGGGUAUGGUAAGAGUGUGAGUCAGUUUGGUGGUAUCCACUACGGGGUCUUUCCUCCUUCCCCUCGACUAUGUGUGUAGUGUAUUAGAGUUGGUUGUUAGUGUUGGUUCCCUGGAAGGAGGGGGGGUAUGGAGUGGUGAGCGAGAGUGAUUACUGGGUUAUGCGAUAUGUUUGGCAGCCCUUACUAAGUGCUAAUACUUCCUCUCUUUGUAUAUUUAUAGUGCUCAUUAUGAAACUACUUCGGUGGUUGCAUUCUAGGCUAUUGGGCUGUGCAGGUUAAUUAGGGUUGCUCAACAAGCAGAGCUAGGAUAAUAGAAAAUAAAGGAAAAUAAUAACAUAUAAGUAUUGAAAGGAAAAGAAAACAUUUUCCAACUGUGGUAGAAAACAUUUUCCAACUGUGGUAGACAUGGUGUGUAGUGAUGAUGGUAUACAAAGUCCCCUUGGGCGAUUCAAUCUCCGCUCCCUCAGGUGGGUGGUCGGUUAGGUGAGACUCGUUGUUUGCCUCUCGGGGUGAAUUCCGGAAUGGUAGCCGGGUUUAGCCUGGACAGUCCUGUUCCCGUCGGCAGUAAGGCUCGCCAGAUGCCCGUUGAUUGGAGGUGCGCUUCCAGCUCCUGGUAUCCCUGUGCUCUGUGGGUAGUCCCGUUGUUUGUAAAUAUGACAACUCGUGGUAUUCCCCAUUUGUAGGGAAUUUCUUUGGCACGUAGGUGUUGCAGCAGGGGUUGUAGCGAUUUCCGCCAUGUGAGGGUGCUCCUGGUGAGGUCUGGGAAGACUGUGAUGGAAGAGCCCUCGAAUGGUGUAGGAGUUUUCCCUCGCAGUGCCGCCAGGAGUGAGGCUUUGUCUGAGAGGGUUUGAAAUCUGAGGACGAGGUCGGCUGUUGCUGAUGCCGGUGCUCUAGCUGGCUUCGGUACCCGGAACAUACCAUCUAGCCUCAGGGAUUUCACCUGCUUUGGUGGGAGCAAGCCUCCGAUAAAGCGCCGUAUAUAGUGGGGUAGGUCGGCGAUGUCGAUCGAGUCCGGGAUCCCCCUGACCUUUAGGUUGUAUCGCCUCUUUUGGUCCUCUAUAGCGUCUAGCCUGUCAGAUGUGGUUAGUUGUUGCUGUGCCAGGUCUGCUACCUACUGUUCCACCUUGCUGAUUCUGGUAUCGUGGUUGCUCGAGCAGGCCUCCCUUGGGAGUUUCUGUCCGCUUUUACUUUUUUCGUUUUGCGGCCCAUGGUGGGUCUACCAGCUGUUGUGAGGUUUGUGGGGUCUUUGGGCCCCGGAAUCCCCCAUAAAAAGCCUCGUUGAGGUUAGUAAGAGCCGGAGCUCCGAGAUAUUCGACCGCUCCGUUGCCUUGCUGACUCCGCCCCCCUUCAAUUAUUUUUUUAAUUUUAUUUUUUAACGUAUUUACAUUUUUUUUUUUAUAUUAUAUAUAAAUAUAUAUAUAACAAUAAUUAUAUAUUUAAUCAGUAUCAGUCUACGUGUAAUUUGAUAUUAAUAUAUAUAUAUAUAUAUAUAUUAAUAGUAAAAUACACCUAGACAGUGUACGUGUGUGUAUGUAUAUGUGUGUGUGUAUAUAUAUAUAUAUAUAUAUAUAUAUAUAUAUGAUCUAAGUAUAUAUUAUUAUUUUUUUUACACUAUUUAUUUUAUUUAAUUUUAUUUUUAGCCAGCAGGGGGACCACCUGUCAUUACAGGCAGCCCCCCUGCUGGCAAUGCUGCAGCCAGCUACCCCCGGCCAUGUGAUUGUGGGGUCCUCGCAAGGACCCCACUCUCACAUGGCCGGGGACUUCCAGGAGGACGGACGUGCCGCGGGGGGCUCCCUGGGAGUGCCCCGAACCGCGAUUGCCGGUGACCGGGGAAGUAGGAAAAGACCGGAGGGCGUACUAUUACGCGUUUAGAGCCGCUUAGAAUAGGGCGUAAUAGUAUGCCCUCCGGUCUUAAGGGGUUAAAUAUAGUCUCCUCCUUUACUGUGUUGAUUCCCUUUAUAUAUUAAAAUGUUUCUAUCAUAUCCCCCCUGUCUCGUCUUUCCUCCAAGCUAUACAUGUUAAGAUCCUUUAACCUUUCCUGGUAAGUUUUAUCCCGCAAUCCAUGAACCAGUUUAGUAGCCCUUCUCUGAACCCUCUCUAAGGUAUCAAUAUCCUUCUGAAGAUACGGUCUCCAGUACUGUGUACAAUACUCCAAGUGAGGUCUCACCAGUGUUCUGUACAAUGGCAUGAGCACUUCCCUCUUUCUACUGCUAAUACCUCUCCCUAUACCAGUGUUUCCCAACCCAGUCCUCAAGGCACACCUACCAGUCCAGGAUUUAGGGAUUACCCAGUUGUGUCUAAGGUGUUUUUUUUCUUCUUUGUAAAAACACCUUAGACACACCCAGUAAUCCCUAAAUCCUGGACUGGUAGGUGUGCCUUGAGGACUGGGUUGGGAAACACUGCCCUAUACAACCAAGCAUUCUGCUAGUAUUUCCUGCUGCUCUAUUACAUUUUCUGCCUACCUUUAAGUCAUCAGAAAUAAUCACCCCUAAAUCCCUUUCCUCAUAUGUUGAGGUUAGGACUCUAUCAAAUAUUCUGUACUCUGCCCUUGGGUUUUUACGUCCAAGAUGCAUUAUCUUGCACUUAUCCACAUUAAAUGUCAGUUGCCACAAUUCUGACCAUUUUUCUAGUUUACCUAAAUCAUUUGUCAUUUGGCUUAUCCCUCCUGGAACAUCAACCCUGUUACAUAUCUUAGUAUCAUCAGCAAAAAUACAUACCUUACCAACAAGACCUUCUGCAAUAUCCCUAAUAAAAAUAUUAAAGAGAAUGGGUCCAAGUACAGAUCCCUGAGGUACCCCACUGGUGACAAGUCCAGGCUUCGAAUAUAUUCCAUUAACUACAACCCUCUGUUGCCUGUAAUUAACCCAGGCAAAGACCCACACAUACAUAUGAAACAUAAUACAACAGUAACGUUAUAACAUGAAACAUAACAAUCCGUAGGGGUAUACCAUGACACCCCCUACACCCCCUGGUUCAGAGCCACCAACGAGCUCGAACCUACCGACCCACUGUAACCCCGUGAGUAUUUGCCACUUAACCUAACCCUGCUAGUUCUCAACUCAACUCUACCCAGCCAGAGCUCAGGUCUUGAGUCCCCUAAGCCACCUGAGCACCCCCACCCUUCAAAAACAGUACCUUGCUUAUACCCUCCUGAAACCCAAGAUUAAGCAUAUCAUAACAAUGCACCCUAUCUGGCCGAUAAUACCCAGGAAGCAUUCCUUCCAGUUCCCGAUGCCUCACUACUACUCCACCUGUCAACUGUAUGAAAACUGACAUUGUCUUGUUAAUCUGUCCCCCACACCAAGCCACCACGACAAGGUCCAUAGCAUGCCUCCACUGCUGCCGAGGAAUCCCCUCAGACCACACCACAAUCAUGUCAGGAACCAGUUCCCGUACCCGGUCCACAUCCUUCUUCAUAAGCCUCACUAAUUCCCCCGUUGGUUGUUUCUGGACAGGAAGAGUAUGAAAUCUCUUCCAUAAUCGACUCCAGGUUUUCUAGCGGUUCCUUACAAUAUUUGGUUGAUUUGGAGGGGGUAUGGGCCUUCCGAAUGUUCUUGGGUUCCGGCUUCCGAUAUUAUGCCGGUCGCAAGAUUCGUUAUUUCCAUGCCAAGUUUCCCCAAAAAUCUGGUCCUGCCCGCCCAGUGAGCGGUCUACAUGUGGGGGGUAAUGUCACAUGUUCAUCCUCACCUUGUGCUGUCCAUGAGCAUAACUACCUUCCUGGCAUUGGUGGAGAUGCUGGUCAGCGGCUCUGUGCCGGUAUAUCUGGCUCCUGCAGCAUGUUGAAAGACGCCGGCCACUGCAGAUCCAUACCAAUUUGUAGCCUCACGUUUGCCCACGGUAUUGACGUCAGCGUGCGUGUGACGUCACUCAAAGGAUGCGCACGCACGUUCUGGGGUCAUAGGCCGGGUACGGCCAAUCGGAUUUAAAGGAGACUUAUUUAAACUCCUUUCUUGCCUUCCCUUAUUGCCCUGUUAUGGUUGUCUAAGAGUGUUCCUGAGUGUUUAUUUCUGGUUAUUGCCUGUAGCUUUGUUUGACGUCCCUGUAUUUUUGAAUCCUUGACUGUCUAUUUCCGUAUCCCCGACCUCGGCAAGUAUUCUGACUAUUCUUUGGUACGUUAAGUCCGGCCAUUCUAAGGCCCGGUAAGACGUUACCUUUAGUCCUAGGUGUGAUACAGUUCUGCAUGCUGGAUCAACUAGUAAUCCUGACACUAUGUUCCUGGUGCUAAAGACUGCCAUAUCAGCCUUCCAUACAGGACGUCCCGAGCCGCCACAUCUCUUCAGAACAUUCUUGACCGUUCUCCUGCGCACCAGGCGCCAUCAUCCGAAAGUGCUCCCACUGUGAACGAGACAAUGCAUCAGCCACCACGUUCAGAUAACCGGGCAUCCUUGCUGGUAUAGAAAUGGGACUUAGGCGGUCUGGCCCUCCGCGCUGGUCAGCCCGAUGGCGUCAGAAAACGCAUCUCUCUUGGGUCCAUUCCACGCCACGCUGCUCCACUAUCGCUCGGACACUUGCCAGGAAGGCCUCCACGGAAUCCAUCUGGAAGACAAAAGGGAGACACCGACCCUACACAACCAUAGGUAAGAGGGGGCAAUCUUUAAGAUGGCUGCCAUAUAUACUCCCACUAAGCCCAUCCCUACUAACCCCUCCCCACUUACUUCCUAUGCCUGCCCCUACAUCUGUCAAGGCCUAUUCCACCUAUUCUGUUAUUCCAUGGGCUACAUGAUAGAAAAAAAAUGUUCAACUAGUCUAGUGUCUCCAUAGUAGAAAAGUAGAGGAUACCACACCCACCAGGUAUCCAAGGAGCACCAAAUCAGAGGAUGGCCAAACCCCACUUUUAGAUAUAUGCAAUAAAAUAGUGGUCCAGGCACUCAAGGUAGUAGCCAAAAUAGCAGCUUUAUUGGAGCAAAGACAGCAACAGUUUGACCCAGCGGGUCUUUAGGAAACGUUGCUCCAAUAAAGCUGCUAUUUUGGCUACUACCGUGAGUGCCUGCAUCACAAUUUUAUUUCAUAGUUCAUCCCAAGUGACUUUAAUCACAUUUCAGUACAAUAAACAAUACUUUGUGUAUUUUAUUGUCAUGAGAUUACAAUACACAACACUCAGUUUUCAAUACACAAUAUGCACAUUCAGUGGUGACGCUACAUUCUUUCACCUCGGGCAAAGACUCAGUAAGGUUCCCCUUAUUUCUCCUAUCAACCACAGGUAGGCAGUGUACGCUGGGGAUCAGUGAGUUUUCAGCAUCGUGUACCAGGCAGUUACUCCAAUUUUCAUUACCCCAUUCUCUCUCUGCAGUGCUCAUUAAACCAUUCUCUCUGCUCCACCAAACUGGUAGGAGGAAAUUAAGGACGCUCACCACACCACCAAUGGAGUAUAUUGGAGUAGCCCUUUUUAAAGGGACUUGUGAGAGAUAGUGAUUAGGCUGUAUGUUUUGUACAUUGCUGUUUUGCACAAUUGUCAUUUCAUAUUAUUGUUGCGGUCCCUCAGGAAGUUACUAUAAUAAAAACAAAACGCUUAGGACCUGCCGCUUUUAUAUAUUUUUAACCACAAUUUGCCAAUAAAUACUUGAUACCUAUUUAUCUAGAUCCAAGUCUCUUUCCUGAUCAAGUGGUGACCACUAGGGUGUAUAGCCCCUCAUCAUCUUUGGGGAAGGCACAUUGGAAGUGUGUGAAUACAUGUUCCUUUGUGAGGGCAAUUUAAUAUCGCGUGAUCACUAUAUAAUUAACAAAAUGACCCUAUGUUGUGUUUAUUUGUAUUGUAUUUGGAACAUCAGUUGUAUCCCACAUUCUUUGAACUUUGUAUCUUUGUCGGUUGAAUGAGAUCGUUGUCUGGGAGGUGAGCUAUGGGAAUCUGUUUUUUAAGAUAAGUAUUAUUUUACUUUAGUUUUCAUUUCUCUUUUUUUUUGGUGUAGGGUUUGUGUGUUGAUAUAGAUAUAGAUACAGAUAUAUAUAUAUAUAUAUAUAUAGAUAUAUAUAUAUAUAUAUAUAUAUAGAUAUAUAUAUAGCGCCAACUUAUUCCGCAGUGCUGAACACUAUUAUAAAGGGUGGAAUUUACCAAUAAGCGAGAAAAUUAUAAAUGUUACAGGAACAAUAGGCUAAUGAGGACUCUGCUCGAAAGAACGUACUAUCUACACAUUACACACAUUGGUUUAACUGGAAGGUAAAAGGUUUUGCUGUUUUAGAAAAAAAGUUAAAUAAAUAGACUCUCCCUGGUUCGCAUACUUACAUAGCGUCUAACACAUUCAAAAGCACCCAGGUAAGUGGGGGACUGCACACUCCACCACCUUGUCCUAGCAACCUAUGACAGCUUGGUAAGACUGACUAGUGCACAAACCUGUCUUCUGGAGUGUUUUUCAUGAUUUGGGUGAUUGGGAGCUGGGCAGAGCUAAGGAAGAAUGGUAGAGCUGAUAGAUGCCAUGUAUAGCCUGAAAAUAGAGCGUUUAUUUCUGGUGCUGAGAAUUCUGGUCAUGACAGUGCACACACUCUUCAAAAAAAUGUAAUUAAAAGUUAAAUUACCCAAAGGAAAUAUAAAUAGUAGUCCUAACCAAAGCAACGUAUAUUUGUUUUUAUUUUUCGAUUGUCCCUACGCCUCCAUGGACAAGCCACCCUUGGUUAUUCACUAAAGUGAGAAUUCAAAGUGAAUUUCGAAUUUAAGUCAAAACAGUCUGGAAAACGUCUGUCAAUUAUCUUUUCAGUUUUGCUACCUUGCUCUAAAAUUUGAACUUCACUGUGAAUUCAAUAUGACUUCACACUUGUAAAUAGCAGUGAAUUGAGAACCUAAUUUGGGCAAAGAUGGUUGAUUUGGAAAACUUCUCAAACUCCUCUAUAGUCUUGAGCUGACUAAGCCUUCAGGUUGUAAAUCAUGGAAUAAAUUAUUAUUUUUAAUAUACUUUUUAUAGGAGCUAUUGUUCUUGCUUGUGAAAUUAACGGUCUGCAACAUUUGCCGACCAAUUUACAUUUGAUAAAUAUUCUAUAGUAACCUACGUUUAAAAAUAUGUAUUUCUUUCUACAGGACUGAAGUGGGAUCUUUACUGGCAAAGAAGGUAAGACAUAGCUUAUAAAUUAAUUGUGGCAUCGUUGACUAAAGAUUUAUAUACAGAGGUCGCUUAUGAACUUACUUUGUUUUUGGCACUUUUAAAGGAAAGUAAAGCAAAAUAUAAAUCCUUAGAAGUCAAACUGUUUUAAAACUCACAGUGGGAGAAGCACCGGGGCUCUACUGGCACCAUAACCACUACAGAAUACUAUGGUGCUGAGUUUUCCUUAAAGGAAAAAAACUAUAAAUCAUAUCCUUGGUCUAAGAUUUCAUUCUUUAUCUGAUAUUUGUAAAUAAGUUGCAAAGCCCUGGGCCUUAUGUAUUUUGUGACAGUCUGCUACCUGUAUUAUUAUGAAAGUGUCAAACUUCACAUCAGGUUAUCAGCAAAAGCCAUCCAUUGUAAGUAUUAAUUGGAGAAAUCCUGAAACUCCAAAAGUAUAGACAUGAGUGAGAGGUUCUGUUCUAAAAAAUGGUCUAAAGUACUAAAAGUGCAACAAUCGCCAUGGAAACUAGUGGAACUUGUAGACACAUUCUUUGGACCACUUUUAAGAAUAGAACAUUUUGAUACUCUCCCCAUUUAUCAUAUAAGACUGUACUAGAGAUCUGCGCAAAAUACAUCUGUGUCUUCCCAUGAACUUUCACCCAACUCUGUUUACCGCUUGCUCUCCUUGCUACUAGGAUAACUCCAGGCACAAUAACUACAGGAGUGCCUUGGUGUUCUUCCAUUGUAAAUAGUAAAACUAUUUUAAAAAGAUGUGACUUCUCAUCUGUGGUCCAUCAGACCCUGCUCCUUGCCUCCACUGCAGCUGAAAGCUCUCAGCUCUGAGCUAAAUAUCCAGUGGCAUCUAACAGAAAAAUGGUAAGAAGUCAAACAGUUCUAAAACCAUUUGAUUGCUUACAAGGUUGGGGAGCCAGGGCUUUCCUAGCUCUAUAACCACUACAUCAUCACCAUUAAACCUACCGUAUUUUCCGGCGUAUAAGACGACUGGGCGUAUAAGACGACCCCCAACUUUUCCAGUUAAAAUAUAGAGUUUGGGAUAUACUCGCCGUAUAAGACUACCCCUCUUCCAAUGCACACCAAAUAAAAAUUAGCCAUGAUGUACAGUGAGCAGACAGCUACACAGCAAGACAUUAAAUAAUGAUAAUCUGAAAUAGCAUUUAAAGCCCAGGUAUGUGCCAGGCUGUUUGGGCAUAUAAUCCAUGCCUGCUGGUCUAGCACACAGGAGGCUAAUUGCGAUAUAUUCUCUUUUUACUCCCCCCCCCUCCAUUUUUUUUACUCCCCUCCUCCAUUCUUUUUACUCCCUACCUCCAUUCUUUUUACUCCCCCCCUCCAUUCUUUUACUCCCCAAUCCUCCCUACAUUCUUCUCACCUCCCUUUCCCUGUGCAGAGUGGGUGGCCGUGCUCCUCUUCGUCCUGUCAGUCCGGCCGGGUACCGCGCGGUACAGGAGAUUCAGUUACCUAUUCCCGGCCGGACUGAAAGGAAGUGAGCACUCAGUGUGCACUUCCUUUCAGUCCGGCCGGGAACAGGUAACUGAAUCUCCUGUACCGCGCGGUACCCGGCCGGACUGACAGGACGAAGAGGAGCACGGCCACCCACUCUGCACAGGGAAGGGGAGGUGAGAAGAGAGGCAGUGCGGCAGCCGUCUGAGCACUCGCUAUAGCAGCAUUAGAAGGGCCGGCGAUGGGGGUGCUGGGCGCCCACGACAGCCAUAUAGACCCUAUACCCGGCGUAUAAGACGACCCCUGACUUUGGAGAAGAUUUUCCAGGGUUAAAAAGUCAUCUUAUACGCCAGAAAAUACAGUAGAUACAUAGCUGUAAUCCAGCCCUUUAACUGUCUCCUCUCAGCAGCCAUUCUGCCUCUUUUGAGAUCAUCAUCUGUCCAGUCAAAUGCAUUGGAGACCUAUGAUUGAGGCACAGCAGUUACUGCACAUCUAUAAACUGUGCACUCUAAGCACCAUGACUGCAGCCUGCUGUAGUGGUUAUGGUGCCAGGUGGGCCCUGACGCACUCCCCUAAGUAGCGAUUGACAAAGGGCCUCUCAAAAUCAUCCCAGCAGAGUGCUCCUCCACUCAAAUACACAAACCAUUGCUGCUGGAUGUGGAAGCAUCAGACUCUUUUGAUGAACUGAUUAAAGGUUUCUGGACUAAACUUGCAAAAUGACAGACCUAGUGAUGUUAUCAGCUGGAUACCAGCCAAUAACUUGACGGGGUUUAGCUGACUCCAAGCAUAAGCAACUGCUAGUGAAACCCCAAGAUAGAGCUAUAGCGCAUGUUGCCCUCCAAGGUAGUAAGCUCAUUGGGUGACAUUACAAUUUCUUUACCAUCACCUAAUAGCAGAUGAAAUGGUAUGCCUCAGGUUCUUGUCUUCAGUUCUGAAAGAAACCAGGACAGGGCAAGUUGCAACUGCUGUCGCAUAUGGGCCUUGGAUUUUAACAUCAACCAACCCUAACUCUUGUAUACUAACCAGCCCAUUCUUAAUUGUAUAAUUUUCUCCCUUGAGGAGACUUAUCCUCAUUCCAAAGUUAAUAAAUAUCUGAGCUAAGUGGUAUGUCUUAUCAUUCUUGUUUUUUGAACAUAAAAGACUUGUAUUACUUAUUCCUACUAAGAUUUGUACUAGGAAAUUUGCCAAUAACUUUGGUGAUUAUGAAGCUGAAACAAAAAAAUGGAUGAAUGGUAUAGAGAAGGAAAAUGGAAAACAAAACCGUUCAGUAAAAUAUCUUUGAGAAUACUUCUGUGACACUUCAUCCACUCUCAAAGUAGGGUAGAAAGAGGGCAAAGUAAUUGUGGGGUAUACCGUGAUCAUGUCUUAAGGAAUGGCUAUUGUAUGUGAUGUAGGACAGUCAUGAGCUUUGUAAUGCAUAUAUAUAUAUAAAUAUACAGCUGCACAAACUGUGAAGCCCAGUUUAUUUUUUAGAGAUGAAUCAUUUGAUUAAGUUAAUCAUUACAGUCCAUGGGUCAGAGUCUAGUGCAGGCUGUGCCUUACAAAUAGAUUUUUUUUAUUUUUUUUAUUUUUUUAUGCAACCUCAUAUAAUUACAUGAAACCUUAUGCUUAACCUUCUUUAAAACAUAAUGUAAGGUUUCAUGACCAAUCUGUUAUGCUUAUUCCACCAUUUUGUUCCUGCCUUGUAGAAAUGGGGUUAGUGAGUUACCAGGCAGGACAGUUUUGUGUCUAUCAGUGUUAUAUCUGAGUUGUUUACUCUAUAAUUUUGCAAACACUAGUGGCAGUAGAGGAAAGCUGUCCUUGGACGCAUUCAGAGAGCACACUAAUCAUGUUGAUGUGAUUGUAACAUGCAUAGGGAACAACAAGAGAUGUUCUGUAGGUUUUUGGUUUGUUUUUUAAGAAUUUUUCAUUUCUGUUGUAGAUGGGCUGGAAAUUCUAUGAUGCUGAUGACUAUCAUCCACUGGAGAACAAAACUAAAAUGUCUCAAGGAAUACCUUUAAAUGAUCAGGUAUAGCUAUAGUCAUAUUUAACAUUACUUUGUUCCAAAUGGGGGCCUUACGUGCUACAAAAAUCAAUGGUGUAUCUCUGUAUUUAUGAGCAAUGUGAGAGCAAAGAGUGUCCACCACUUGUUCUAGAUGAGCUUUUGGUCCCUUUGAAUUAGCACAAAUAUCUGUGUUAUGUUUUGCUGGCAUUCUGGACUCUAUGCCUCCUUUACCAUUCAAAUAAAUCCAUAGGCCUGCCUCUAAUAAAUAUGCAUAUAUCACUGGUUCCCAACCUGUCCUCGUGGCCCACCAACAACACAGGCUUUAUGUAUUUCAGUUGUUUAUUCCAAUUGAGAUACUGACAACCUGGAUUGGUGGCUGGCCCAGAGUACUGGUUUGGGAACCGCUGGCAUGUAUUGAAGUGAUGAAAGUCUUUAAUGUAUAUACUUUCUUCUGUAAGUGGCUUGCAGUAAUAUUCUACUGUAUCACCCACUAAUAUUAAUAUGCAAUCUGAAUUUCUAUAUAAAAAAUAUACAUUUAUUCUACUCACAAUGCAAACAGCAGUACAUAUAUGAAAAAAAGUUGAUAGAUGGUACAGCUUAAUUAUGUUCCAGGGAGAGAGGUCCAGGAAGAAAAGAGUGCGUCUGUUCAGAAAAUCAGGAAAUAGACUUUGUGGUCCUUUGUCCAAUGUUCUAAAUAGUUAUGACAAUAAUCGCAUCAGAAAGUUUAGUUAAAACUCUGGCCAUUAAAGGACACAUAAGAUUAUUUUCUCCUCUUGGUAAACACCAACAUUCCAGACUACUCGUGGUACAGAAUAUCAAAUUACCACCUGCUCUUUUUAACCCAUUAAAUAUCCAUACCUAAUAUUAAUAGGAGCAUGGAAUGGAAUAUUCUACACUGCCCUACUUCAAAUUAUGUCCCAAUGAACACAGGGUAUUAAUGAUGGUUCUCAGUCUUGGUUGAACUGGUAAGUGUACAGCUUGAUGGAGAACCAGUCUGGGGAUCACCUGCUUACUAAAUACUUGUCUGUCAAAUCCAAAUAUUCAAUUCUACAAUGCAUCUUAUUUAUACACACUGAUUUCUAAAAACAUUAAGUUUAAAAGCACAUUUCUGUGAGUUUUAUUGUUGUGGAGCUCUGUCACAUACUUGGAUAUACCCAAAUAUAUGGAGCUCAAAGAAAAGAGGGACAGGGAUUUGGACCAAAAAUGGGGACACGUGGGAGGUAUGCUUGAUUAAAUCUUUUUCUCUGGCUCCUUAUGUGGGACAGUUUAUACAUCACAUUCUUCACUACAUCUUUCCUUCUCUUGGGUUCUUUCAUCCCUUAAGUACAUGAAAAUUUAUACAUCUAAAAAUAUCUGGUUUAUUUACUAAAGUGAAAAUUUAAGGACAAAAUAGUCAAACUAGAAAAAAAAUCUGUUUGUGCUUUCAGUUCAGCUAGUCUGGCCCUAAAUGUAAAAUUCACUUUAAAUUCUCACUUUAGUGAAUAACACUGUAUAUCCUAAUACAUUGUGAUAGUGUCAGUAUUUUCUGAUUACUGUGCUUCACCUAAUCGUAGAACACAUUGCAAACACCUUUAUGGGCUGGGUUGCACUUCACCCAUUAAUUCAAAAGUUUGUGUUACUUCUUUACAGAUCUUCCCAAUUCUCUUAAAACAUGCUAAAACAUGAAAUUCAUUUCAUACUCAACUUCUCGCUUUGGUUUGGAAAUCUUGCAAGCCACAUAAAAGUCUAACAAAAAUACUGCUUCCCAAGUCAUUCGAAGAUAGUAGUCUUAAUCUCCUCAACACACACUGAACUAAAUAUAUACAAAAAUUUAAAAUAUUUUGUUUGUAAAAGGGUGUCUUCCCUUAAGGUCCAGUAAAAGUGAGCUGGUACAGGUUGCUUGUUGCUACCUCUUCAACACAUAGCUUUGUGCACUGGGAGGAAGUAGUGUUUACCAGGAAGAAGCCAAGCUGUUGUCAGUGGUUCUGUCCAGCCCGACUCUGACAUGUGGUCCAGUUUGUGAAGAUCUUUUUAUCUUCUGAACUGGACCUUAUAUGAAAGGCCACUUGCUCUCAACCAUGUUCUUUAAUACCAAUGGGUGCUACUUUUCUAUCAAACUAUAUAAUUGGAUUAAUUCCAGAAACACAUAUAUAGAACUCCACUCAAAUUUUGCAGCUCCUAUUCCCUCUCUUUUACUUUACACACCUAGAUUGCAAAUACCAGAAUAAGAUAACAAUCCUUUAUUUGCUCUAACUAUCUGUACUUGGAAACUAAUAUAUAAAAAACUAGCACUAGAAUGUCUGACUUCUAUUUUUUUAUCAUGUAACAACUUUCAAAAGGGCAAAGCACACAUUUCAUCUACACUUAAUCUUUAAACAUAAAUACCAUUCCCUCCAUAUGUGACUACUCAUGAAAAAAUAUAAUUUCUGUCCCAUUUUAUCUAACUACAGGCAUGUGUUAAUGCCAUGCUCGCGUUUUGGUCUACAUAUUAGUAGCAUGUUUUACAGGAAUAGGGAUUACAAUACAUUACAUGAUGCUCACAUUUCAUCAGUUUAAAAUGGGUUACAAUUUUAUUUCAUUUUUAAAGGGACACUGUAGGCACCCAGACCACUUCAGCUGAUUGCAGUGGUCUGGGUGCUGUGUUCCUUUUGCACCACAUUGAAGCACUAAUUCUGCCCUCAGUGGCUGUCUAAACCACGUGUCUUCUUGUAGAUGGAUCAGGUGGUUUGUGUGUUUGCACUUCCUGGCUGAUCUGUGGUGUGUGCAUGUAUAUCUUGCCAUAAAGUACAGUAAUAUGAUUGACUACGAUACACUCUAAGUGAUGUUUAUGUAUUUUACAGUUGUCAUUAAUAUAAUACUAAUAUCUGUAUACCCAUAUACUCACUGCAUGUACUCAAUAUCACACUGCUAGUGGACACAUUGGUACUGUAAAGUAAAUUAUGUAUGUUUAUUAAUAUAGGAAAACCAGUGGAUACAAGGGAUACCUUCCAGUAGUGGUGAUAAAGACUAACACAGUGCUUGAAAUCCAGAAUUCUUGGGAUAUACAUAAGGCUAUUCUUAAAGUGAAGCUGGUAUGACCGAUUCACUUUAACUAUUAACUUUUCUUUAAGCAAUGACUAUAUAAUGCACCAUAGAGGUAAAUUAUACAUUUUAUUGCUUUAGGAGUACCUGCAGAAAGAUUAUUUUGCUCUCCCCAUUACUCAUUUUCCAGCACAAAUGGCUAUGCUGCCUCUACGCCAAGAAUUAAAAGGUAGCAGGGAGAGGCCAUAUCUUCAUAUUAAUUUAUUGUUAAAUCUUUAAAUUUUCUUGCAAAUUAGCUUGCACAAUGUAUAGAUGAAAUGUUUUUUCCUCCAUAAUUUAAAAUGUAUGUAAAGGGAUACUCUAAGUACCAAAACAACUUUAGUGUAAUGGAGCAGUUUUGGUGUAUAGACAUGCCUCUGCAGACUCUGUGCUUAGUUAUCUGACAUUUAGAAGUUACAUUUCUUUUUUGUUUCUAUAUAUGCAGCCCUAGCCAAAGGCAACAUAACCAAUCUGGCAAAUUUCAAUGUGGAAAAAACUGAAAUGCAAGCCUUAUAUUUGACUCUCUAACUUAUAAACACGAGUUAAAGACAGUGCUGCUUUGCAAACAUGCAUAUCAGACAAUAUUAUAUCAAUUUAAAACAGCACCAAUGAGUGAGAACUAUAAGUAGUACCACCGGGUGCCAUCCACAGUAUUAUGUGUUAUAUGAAACUAACUUAUUGACCAUAUUGCCUUAAGAGCAGUAUAAUAAAAAGCGCUAAAAUUGAGGCACGAAAAGCAUUAGGGGGUAGACAGGUUAAUUAGUCAAUGCCUAACAUGUCUUGUGUGCUGUCCUGACUGCGGUGCAAACCCAAGUCCUGCACGUUUAUACCCCACCAGCCCCAGGCUGCUAUACCGUCUGAGUCCCAACAAUAGUCGAGGAGACUUCCACAUCCAGAAUUAAGACCAGAUAUGGUCCAACAUGAGUCGUUCCUCAGGAGUGUGGUGAGGUGGUGGCUUCUCCUCGGUGGCCAUCUUGGGUCUCUGGUCGCAGUAUGGCCACAUGUUGGAGAUUGCCGGUUCAUGCAAAGGAUAGCAGGGUAGCACCACUUUGGGGACCGGGAUAACCCCCCACUGAUCGCCGGCGGGUCCUUUAAUAUUGUGGGGGAUUUUUUCCCCCAUAUUCUUCUAACAUACAUAAGAGGUUUAUUUUUAAAGUGUAUUAUGUAAACCUGAUCUUUGCUACUCUUAUACAUUAUUGUAUUGAUGUACUCUGUACUCUGAGUACAACAAUACUCCUGAUGGAUGCCUUUGUCACUAUCCUGUAAAGCUACAGUAUCAUAUAAGCAACCUGACCAUUUCAGUUUUUACUGUUAGCAUUUUGAUACUUGGAUUUGGUGGGCAUAUGUCUUAUUUUGGGUCAUUAUAGCACUUUGACUAUUCAAAUUACCAGACAUAGAUAAAGGAAAUUUUAGUAUUAGAGCUCUCUUUACAGGAAGUGUUUAGGUAGACUGUGUACAUUACAUGCAGGGAGGUGUGGCUAGAGCAGCAUAGACAAAGUGAUUUAACUUUUUAAAUGGCAAAGAUUUGAGCAGUGAGACUGCAGGGGCAUGAUCUAUAAGCCAAAUAAAUUUAUAUUUACUUCAUGGAAGAUCACCUAUGGUAUGCAGUGGAGAAAAAGUAACCUAUGGGUAAAAAACAUGUUUUUUUGGGGGGGGGAGGGGGGGGUUACGGUUAUUCACAAAAGGAUUUACCUAGAAAUAAAAUCGCCACUGUGGGGGGAAAAAAGCUGGUUUGGAUAUUUUUUCUUAGCACUUCAGUAACAUUUUGUGGCUUGUCUAUUGUGAAACACCUUAAUUUAGCCUGGUUAGCAUUAGGUAGUCCUAGUGUUACACACCAUCCAGCUGGCUUAUAUGACUUAUUUAAUCAAGAAAUGUGAUAUGAGCGUUACAUUAAGCUGCAUAUAUAAUUCAUUACACACCCAAUGCAAAUACAAAGGUCUAUUUGCACAUCUAUUGUUAUUUGGAUCACGGACACAUAGAUACUUUUUUUUUUUUUAGAUUAAUAUUACCUUUCACUUAGCACCAUACAUUUAAUAACUUCAUGUUAAGAACUAAGAAGGAAACCGAACCUGUCCUUGUUUUCAUGAAAUUAGAUAAUAAAUAAAAUGUGCAAAAUGGUACUUAAGGUAAACAAACUCUUGCAAAACUGGCCCAUUCUUUUGGGAUCACUUAAUUUAAUAUAUCCUUCUGUGCACUAUAAUGUAAAAUGAUUAUUUACAAAAAUCCUGAUAGAAAACCAAUACCCCCCUUUGCAAAAUCAUAAUACAAAGACAAUAUCCACUAGUGCAACAGUAUUUGUAAAACAAUUUCAAUAUAAAAUAUGUAUGUAAAUUGACUUUUACACUUCACAUACACUAAACACACUGACACACACAUUCACUGCAUACUUUUAUAUACACACUUUAUGCCUGAUGUUCUGCUUUCUGCCUUGCGUGCCUUUAUUUCGUAUUGUGGAUUUUUGUUUGCCAAUGGCUUGUGAUCCAAUUCCCUUCCCUGUCCAUUGCUUGAGGACAUCCUGCUGUGCAGUGGUGCUUGCUACACUUUCAGCCCACAGCAUCCUGGCUUGUCAUAUUUGGAAGUCUUGCUUAAACGGUUAGUGGAGGUGAUAGCAGGGUACUGAUAAAUGCUGAUUAGUAUUGACAUGUCCUCCAGGGCCUCCAAAGCACAUUCCAUGACACUGAGAAGCUUAUCAUUCAUCUUUAUUAUAUGUGACAAGUCCUGCUUUCGUCCAAAGAAACGCUGUUUGGAAGGAAACUUUCUCAGCAGCAAUUGUAUUGGGAGCAUUUCUCACCCACCCCCCUGAAUAACUUCUGAUGCACAUUAUCUCAGCACCUGCUUCCCUCUAACACUAAUUUUCACAUUUAGCAUUUAGGUGUAAUUAAAUGUAACCAUAUAAAGCAAACUACACAGCUUAAAGCUAUUCUUCUGAAUCCGUUGUUUGUUUUGUUUUUUUUAAAAAGGGAGAUAAAAUAUACAUUCUUAAGGAAACACAAUAUCUAGGUAUAGUAGGAUGAAACUUUAAAACCAUAAUGAUUUAUAUUCUCUGUCAAGCACUUAGAGAAACACUCUCUAGGUUUAAUAACAACUUAAUCUCAAUGAAGUUUUUAUGGUUCCUAUGGUGUUCCUUUAAAGUCUGUCAUCUAAAUCAUUGAUAGCCAAAGGCAGAUAUAUAACAGUUCAAUAGCUACAAAUCCAUUUGUGACGGAGCUCCUGUACUCCUGUAUCUCCGCCCAGAUUGCUUCCUAGUCGCUGGACAGGUCCCUGGAGCACUUCAACCCCAGUCGCUGAGGCUUGACUGGGGUCUCUCUGAAACAUUUCCAGGCUGCAGCUCUCCUUCCAGGCAGCUAUCGUUCCCCUCUGCCUUUUCCUCUGCUCUGCAGCCCUUCAUCCAGGCAGGUGUUGUUCCCUCUGCAGCUUUCCUUCCAGGCAGGUAUGUACCGCUGCCUGCAAUGUGAUGGCUCUUGUCUUUAUAAAGACACUUGCAGCUCUCAGGCCUAGUUCUCUGUGAUUUGCACCAGGGCUAGAAGGAACGUGCAGUCAGCCAACAGGUGCGACAUCUGUUACUGGGAUGCAUAAAAAUCCACACGUGACACACUGUUCCAAAAGGAACGGGCUGACUGAAAUCCAGACCUAAUUCAGGCUUUUUUGGAGUCUGACUCACAAAAUCUAGACAUUGUUAAAUAGCAUGGACAAUGUCUAGAUUUUGCAGUCUCUGGGGCCCUGUACAGCACCAAUUGGUCUUACCCGAUUUGGUAAGGGGCCUUGGGACUUUAGUGAAUAAGCCUGAAUAAAGUAUAGGCGUCACAAUCUAAUAACCAGUGGAUCAAUCAGUAUUACAAGUCAUUUUUUAUGUUGUUUCUACUUGUAAUAUUAUGUGAUGGAAAAACAAAAGCUAUAUUAUUGAUUUGUAGAUGUUCACCAAACGCCUCCAGAGGAAGAUCGCUAUGGCUGUAAGCCAUUUGGACCCUUAUUUACAAUUACAAAAUUAAAUCUAUCUAUUUGCAAGGUCUGCUUAUUUGUUUUAUAGUAGACCACUGAUUAGGUGACCAGAUAAUGGUUAGAGAGCCUAUUUUAUAUACAGAGUGCGUAGAAACAAGUGUUAUGUAUAGGGAUUCACAUUGAUCAUGAAAGAUAACAAGCACUUGUAUGUUCUGUCAUAAUGGCAAUAAACAAUGUUGUUGGUUUUUUUUGUUUGUUUUUUACAUUUUAUUUUCUGUUUACCAGGUUUGAGGUUUUUUUGUAUUUUAAUUCUACUUUAAUGUCCCCACAUAGGACAGACACCCUUGGCUUUGCGUAUUGCAUGAAUUAAUAAUGAGGUAAGUGCAGUUGGCUUAUUUCCAUAUUUAGCUAUCCGAAAGCCAAAAAUGUUAUUUUUCACCUUAAGAAAACUGUAUCUAUGAAUAUUGAAAGCAUGACUACUAAUUAACUUCUGUAUCUGUCUGUUAUAGUUUAUGUUCAGGUGAUCCCCAUAUAUGUUAAAAUGCAAAAUGUUUAGUCACCCAGGUAACUUCUACUGCACUAACCAAGAAAAACAAUGCUUUUCUAUGGAGCAGCUUAAAUGCAAAGGACCUGGGAAGGCACCCUGAUAUACCUUUACUUACCUGCAUCUUGUGAGCACAAUUCUAUCUGCAGAGGAGGAUUGGCAUCUACUAAAUGAUGUUUUGAUAUUAUAAUUUUUUUAACAGAUUUUAGUGUAUUCAACAUUUUUGGUUUAUAUGUAAUUUGAUUCCCAGAUACAAUAGUUGGUGGUUAUACCACCUAUUUCUAACUCUCCCCUAACCAAACCCAAAUUGUAACCUUAAAGGGACACUAUAUUCAUCUGAACAACUUCAGCUUAAUGAGGUUAUUCAGGUGAGAACUAUAGCUCCCUGCAGCCUCUCAUGUAAACACUGUAUUUUCUGUGAAAAUACAGUGUUAACAUUGGAAGCUAGGAACACCUCCAGUUGCGGUUACUCAGACUGCCACCAGAGGGACUUCUGAGUUGAUGAAUGCAUAAUUCACAUUCAUCCACGUUUGACGUCUUCACGCUUGGGUGAGGGCAUCAAACGUGCUAUCAGCAUACAGGAGAUAAGAGGCGCGUUCACAGCACCUCCUAUGUCCUGUAGUAACCCCGGAGCCUGUGAGCGAUGAGAGCAGACAGUGUGGGAGAUAAGAUCUUCUGUACACAGCAUUGGCUCGAGCUGACAGGCUGAAGGCAGGAGGAUGCAGAGAUAUCCGGACUUCAAACAGUAAGUACACUUAUUUUAAAAAUUGAGUGUGAGAGACAGAGACAUAUAGAUUUAGAGAGAGACAGACAUAUAGAUUUAGAGAGAGUAUGUUUAACAAAAUUUAUUUAAAAUCUGUGUUUUUAUACAAACACAAUAUAUAGAGAUUUCUUUAUAUGUAGUGUUUGUAUACUUACUUUUGGCUGGAGGGUUGCCAUAGGAGGGAGGCGGGCAUAGACAGCGAGCUGAUUUGUCAGUCAGCUCAGCUCGCGAACACGCAUACCACGCGGUAGAGCGCUGAGUUCAUUCAUAGGGCGGCAUUCAAUGAACGCAGUGUGAAGGCCGCUUAUGUGCACCAGAUCGCUAUGACUCUUCUCUUACAGGGUUAAUCACUAAAUAAAGAAUAGUUAGGAAUUCAAAGUGAAUUUCAAAUUUAAAGCUAAAUUAGCUGAACUGAAAGCAUAGUUUAAUUGGAGAGUGUUUCCAAUUUCGCUGUAUUGGACUUAAAUUUGAAAGUCACUUUAAAUUCACUUUGAAUUCCCAAGAUUCUCACUUUAGUGAAUUACAAUCACCAGCAUGCAUCUCAGCUAUUGUUUUGAUAAUUUUUUUUAAUAUUCAUAUAAUUUCUUUUAAUGCGUGCUCUCUCUCUUCCUUUUUCAAAUAUAAUUGCUUUGCUACAUGAAAUGACAAUAUUAAUCUUUUCGCUUACACAAACUGGUCUUGGUUGUGAUUUUAAUCACCUCCCAAAAACUCUUACACUCUUUUGUUCUUUGUCAUAGAGAAAGGACAUCUGGUCUCCAUGUGGUACUGGCAUGCUCGGCUUUAAAAAGGGCCUAUAGGAUUACACUGACAACUGGGAAAACACCUCUCAAUGGUGAAUGUCCUUGUGAAGAGAAUGAGGACCUUUCCUCUUAUACAAUCUUUGUCCACUUGCAUGGGUCAAUGGAAAUUAUCUCCAAGAGACUAGAAAUUAGAACAGGACAUUUCAUGCCUUUAACAUUAUUACAGUCCCAGUUUGAUACGCUGGAACCCCCAGCAGAGCCAGAAAUCUAUAUCACAGUUAAUGUUGAAAGAGAUAUUUCAGAAAUAAUCAUAGAACUACAAGAGAUGAUAAAGCAUAAGACCAAUCAGACAGUUUGUAGUAUUUCCAAAUCCAAUGUACUAUUAUAGUGUUUACUUUUUCAGAACUCUUUUUUCCCCUUCUGAAUGAGUUCAAGAGAGAGAACCUCUAACUGUCUCUGAAAGUACAAUUGAACAUCAGUGUUUAUUAUUUUCAUGCCGCCAAGUGCUUUUGUGCCUGAUAUCACUUAUUGCACACAAGUUCUAAAUGUCUUAAUUUUGCUUUUCGAACCAAGAUGGAGGGCAACAGCCAGGAGCAAAAGAAAAAAGUUAAGUCUUGAUACUGCUCCAAAAAUAGGGAAAUGCUUCAUAAACAAUCUCAUUUCUGUUAUAUGUUUGUUAAAAUAUGUUAAUGAUGGC